GACAAAUUAAUUGGGAAAUAAUAAUAAUAAUAAUAAUAAUAAAAAAAAGGAAAUUUAUUCAUCAUAUUUUAAAAAAAAAACUUUUUAUACUUUCUUUUUUUAUUUUAAUUGGAUCAAAAUUUUUUUUUGAAGAUAAUGAGUUCAUCACCAUCACCAUCAUCAUCAUCAACAAAAUCUAAACAAAAUAAUAAGACUUAUCCAUGGUCUCAAAAAAAAUUAAGUUCCUUUAACCCUUUUCCCCGUUAUAAUUUAUCUUCGAGUCAAUAUACUAUUAAUGAUAAAUUAUAUUUAUUUGGUGGUAUUUCUCAUGAUAAAACAACUAAUGAUGUUUUCACUAUUGAAAUUAAUACACUUAACGUUCUACCUGUUUUCUCAUCGGGUGCAAUACCGAAACCUAGAUGUCUUCAUACUCAAGUAAACGUUGGAGCAAAUCUUUUUGUUUUCGGUGGUAAACUUGAUAAUUCUAAUGAAAAAUUAGAUAAUGACAUUUAUAUCCUUGAUACUGAUGCUAAAGAUAUGAAAUUUGUUUGGAGUAAACCAUCAAUGUCUGGUAGUCUUCCUGAUGGAAGAUAUGGUCAUACAUCUACACUUAUCGGAACAACUGUAUAUAUUUUUGGUGGUCAAGAUUAUAUGAAUCAUUUAAAUGAUUUGAUUUCUUUUGAUAUAAAGAAUUUUAAACUUCAAAAGAAGAAGAAUAAAUUUAAAUUAUCUUUAGGCAAAGGACAUAAUAAUGUUUUACCUUCAUGGAGUUUUAUUAUUCCAAAUAAUUCACCUCCACCUCCAAGAAGCGGUCAUGUUUCCUGUGUAUAUGAAAAUAAAAUAUAUAUAUUUGGUGGUAGUGAUGGAGAUACGUAUUAUAAUGAUACAUGGUGUUAUGAUAUACAAGAAAAUGUUUGGACAGAAUUAUCUUGUAUAGGGUAUAUACCAACUCCAAGAGAAUAUCAUGGUGCUACAAUUGUAAAUGAUGUUAUGUAUAUUUUUGGUGGAAGAGUAAAAGAAGGAUAUGAAUUGGGAGAUUUAUGUGCUUUCCGAAUAUCAAAUUUAAGAUGGUAUAAAUUCCCGAAUCUUGGUCCAUCUCCAAGUCCUCGAUUUGGACUUACAAUGACUUUAUCUCAAGAUAAAGUUUAUAUUUUUGGUGGUGAUUCUUUUCAUACAAGACCAGAUGAAGAUGGAACAAUACAUAUUUUAGAUACUUCGAAAAUAAAAAUUCCAACUGGAACUCAAUCAACAAAACCAACAGUUCAACAAACUUCAGAAGAGAAUUCAAUAAAUCCAAUACAACAAGGUUUAUCCCCUCCGCCACGACCGAUGUCAUCUCAAUCUUCUGAUGCUUCAAAAACAAAAGAAACUCGUCCAACAAGAACAGUACUUGACCAAAUUCCGGAAGAAAAUUCUUCAGAAUUAGAAAAAGUCAUGUCAUCUUCAUCAAUUAUACCGCCACAACCCAAACCUCCAUCACUUCCAUUACCACCACCACCACCACAACCACAACAACAAUUACAAUCUCCUCCUCCUCCAUCACAACCUCCACCAACUGGUUCUCAAAAAUCAUCUAAAGGUAAAGAAGUAGAUCGAGGUCCAGUAUCAAUGAUAUCACCUCCAACAAUUUCACAACCAAAAGUUAUAACUAGUGGAAUAAUAAUGUCACAAGGACCACCUCCUCCUACAGUUUUGAAAGGAAAGCUCCAUGAAGGUGCUAAUAUUUUUCAAUCACAAAAUUAUUCACCUACUAACUCUGAAUAUAGUUCAUAUGAAUUACAAACAUUACAAACAAUAGGUCCUAAUGAAAAACCUCUAUCACGUAAUCAUUCUCUCAAUAAUCAUAAUAAUAGUAAUAAUAAAAAUAAUAACAAUAAUAAUAAUCGUAUUUCAAGUAUUUAUUCACAAGAUAUGAAUGUUUGGAUGAAGUCUGGACAAGACACAUCAUUUAAAAGAGAACAUUUUGAAAUUCAAGGAGUAAUUCCGGAAGAUUCAACCACGACUACAACUUCAAAUGAAAUUUACAAAAAUACUAAUAAUCAACUAUCAAAUCAACGAAUGCAUCGUCGUACUGCUUCACAAGAAUUACCAGUUACUUCAGCUCCAAGAAUGUUGUCACGGAGAAGAAUUUCUAUUGAUAAUUAUAAAAAGCCAACAGCACAAGAAUUACCAACAAAUUAUUCCCCACGUGUGUUUCCUAUAAGAAGAGCUUCAGCAGAUAAUUAUUCACGAAUGACAGAUUUUCCAUCAAGAAGAACUCCUAACGAAAAUCAAAGAUUAAGUGAAUUUUCCUCGAAAGGAACUUUGGUAAAUAAUCAAAUGUCAACUUCACCAACGAGGGAACUUUCUUUACGGAGAACUUCUAUUGAUGAUCAGAAACCACCUUUAAUAACAGAAAAAUCAUCAAAAAGGGCUUUGGUAAAUAAUCAAAGAACAAACUCGCCAAUAAAAGAAACUUUGGUUGAUGAUCAAGAAAUAACUUCUUCGGUAACAGAAACAACAGAAUUAUCCGAUCAAAUAAAUUCGUUAAUAACAGAAAUAACAGAAUUAGCUUCAAAAAGGACUUAUGUUGAUGAUCAAGAAUUAAUCUCUCCAAUAACGGAAACUUUGGUUGAUGAUCAAGAAACAGUUUCUCCAAUAACAGAAUCAAAAAAGAAUUUGGUUAAUGAUCAAAAAUCCUCUUCGCCAAUAUUGAAAUCUUCUCCACCAAUAUUGAAAUCUCUUACCAAUAACCAGACAAUUUCACCUACGACAGAUUCUAUUGAUGAUCAAAAAGCAAUAUCGCCUAUUACGGAAUCUACAGAUGAUCAAAGUACAACUUCACCAUUUACAGAAUCUCCAACUUCUAUUGAUAAUCAAAAUAUGACUUUAAUUAAUAAUACAAGUAUGAUAUCUGAAAUAAUUCCAACAAUUCCAAUAAUAACAAGUCCUAAAACUUUAUUAACUUCACGAAAGAAAGAAUUGAAUAAAACAGAUGAUAAUCAUGAAGAAAAAAUUAAAAAUAUUCGAAAUAUAUUAAAUAAUACUAGAAAUAGUUGUUCUCCUACUUUACCAGCUGUUUCAACUACUUCAAUUGAUAGAAAUACGAAAAGAGAUUCAUUAGAUUCUAUAGCUUCAUCAGAUUCAAAUCAAAGUAGUAAUAGUUCAUUAUCAAAUCGUAGAAAUGGUAAAGAAAUUCGUCCACGUGGUGCAAGACCUAUGAAUGGUAAUAAACCAAAUAAUGGUUCUCCUUUAUGUAUGAGUAUAGAUUCUGAGGAUAUAGAUCGAAAUAAUUUAUUACAAUUAAGAAAAAAAUUAAAUCGAACGAAAUUAUCUGAUUCUUCCGAUGAUUUAUCUGCUCCUUCUUCACCUAGUGAAAUAGUUAUUUAUAAAAGAAGUAAUGAAGAUACACCAGUAUUACAACAUUCACGAUCACAAUCAUCUAAUUCUUCUGUAUCAGAUUUUAAAUUAAACAAUGAUAAUAAUGAUGAUAAUAAUGAGGAAGAAAUUCAACCUGAAAUAGAUGAAAAUGAGAGUGCAAGUUCAAUAUAUGAGAAUGAUGAUGAUGAUGUGGAUAUAAUUUCGACAUCACCACCUCAAUCAUAUGCUAAUAUAGACGAUGAGAAUUUAAUACAAGAACUUGAACAACAUAAAUCAAAUAUAGAAGAAUUAAAACAAAGAGAAUCAUGGUAUAAAGCUGAACUGGAUUCGGCACGUAAAUCAGGAUAUACACCCGAAUUAUUUGAUAAUGUUAAUAAUAAUGAUGAUAUUGAUAAUUCAAUAGGAGAAAUUGAACAAAUGUUAAUUAAUGAAGUAGAUGAUGAUAAUAUAGAUGAUGUUAAUACAGAUCAAAAUAGAGUUAUUGAAGCUAUAAUACAAAUGAGACAAAAAUUAUUAAAAGCCAAAACAUCUAUAGCAAAUCAAGCUCAAAUUGUAUCAGAAAAAAUUAAUACUUCAGAAAGAGCUAGAGCUGCAGCUAUACAAGAAGCGACAUAUUUUAAAACAAAAUUGGAAACUUUGGUGAAAUUAUCUGAAUCGAAAUUUUCAAAUGUUGAAACAAAUAAAACAAAAGAUUUAGAAAAUGAAUUAAUUAAAGUUGUAUCAGAGAAUAAAUUAUUAGAAAAUCAAUUAUCCGAAUUAUCUCAAUCUUCAGUUGAAUUAUCAAGGGCUGAAGCUAAUGAAAAAGCCAGUGAAAGAGUUAUUGCAAAAUUGGCUGCUUUAAGGUUAAGAGCUACUACGGCGGAAUCACAAUUAAAAGAAUCAAAUAAACAGAUAGAAAAAAUUAAUAAUGAAUUAGAACAUUAUAGAAAAGAAAAAAUAAACGAUAAAUUACAAUUAAGAAAUUUACAAUCAAGUUUAAGUCAUCAUCAACAAAUAUUUGAACAAGUUAAUAGAUCUGUACUAGAAUCUAGUAGAAGAGCUGAAGAUUCCGAAAAAUUAUGGAAAGAAUCUAGAGAUAAUAUUUUAAAAUUAGAAAAAGAAGUAAUGGGAUUAAGAAUUGAAUUAGAAAGUAAAACAAGGGGACUUAAUCAAGCUGUCAGUAGAGUUAAUGAAUUGGAAAAAUCUUUAGGUAAAGUUCAAAAAGAAGGUCAUGUUGUCAGAAAUAUGAUGCAAGAAGGUAUGACCGAAUUAUUAAAUAUAAGUUGGUGGGAUAAAGUUAGUAAUAAUGUUUGGGAAAAUGCUAAAAUUAGGAAAUUAGAAGAAGAAUUGGCUCGACUUAAAGGUUUACGAGAUGAUAGUGUCAUUUUAUAAGAUUUGAUUUUACAAGAGAUUGUAUAAAAUGAUUUUUUAAACCUUGGAGGGAUCAUAAUUUUUUUUUUUAGAAAAUUAUUUUAUAUAUUUAUUUGCUAUAUAUGCUGUAGUAUAUUUAAACUGUAAAGUGGGAAAGAAAUUUAUUUUGUAUUUAUAUUUAUAUUAUUUAUAUUUCUAAUAUGAAAAUAAACUUUUUUAUAUAUAUCGCUUAUAU